AUUCUUCUGUAGAAACAAGCCCAGCCCAGCCCAGAGCAUACACAGCCAAAAUCACCGCCACAGUGAAGCCGCCGCCAUUCUCUCUGCCAAAUUUAAUCAGAAAACGGAGUGACCUCCGUUCGACAUUACUAAACCCAGAAAAAAGAAAGCCCUUUUCUCUUCGCAGCCAAUUCCAAUAACAAUGGUUUUUGUAAAAUCACCAAACAACAAAACUCUAUCUCUCAAUCUUAACCCCAAUACUACCACUCUCUCUCUCCUCAAACAACACAUUCAGUCCCAAACCCAGAUCCCAAUUUCUGACCAAUUCUUUUUAAAUCCAUCCUUUAAUGUUUAUUCUAGCUCCAAAUAUGCAAAUAUAUUUGAAUCUUGUCCACUUUCUCAUCUGGGUAUCACCAAUUUCUCUACUUUAACCCUUUAUAUCCCCUUUCACGGCGGUACCCAAACUCCAGCGCCGCCAAAACCCCGUCUUGAUUUCCUUAAUUCUAAGCCCCCACCUAACUAUGUUGCGGGUUUGGGUCGUGGAGCAACUGGGUUCACUACCCGGUCUGACAUCGGUCCUGCUAGAGCUGCUCCUGACCUUCCUGACCGUUCUGCGGUUGCUAUUGGAGCUGCUGGUGGUGCCGCCGGGGCGGGGAUGGGUCGUGGUAGGGGGAAAGGUGGUGAGGAGGAUGAUGAGGAUGACGGGGAUGAAAAGGGUUAUGAUGAGAAUCAAAAAUUUGAUGAAUUUGAAGGGAACGAUGUGGGUUUGUUUGCUUCUGCUGAGUAUGAUGAGGAUGACAAAGAAGCUGAUGCUGUUUGGGAAGCAAUUGACAAGAGAAUGGAUUCUAGAAGAAAGGAUAGAAGAGAGGCUAGAUUGAAGGAAGAGAUUGAAAAGUAUAGGGCUUCAAAUCCGAAAAUUACAGAGCAAUUUGCUGAUUUGAAGAGGAAGUUGCAUACAUUAUCAGCUGAAGAGUGGGAGAGCAUACCUGAUAUUGGUGAUUAUUCUUUGAGAAAUAAAAAGAAAAGAUUCGAGAGCUUUGUGCCUGUACCUGAUACGCUUCUUGAAAAAGCUAGGCAAGAACAGGAACAUGUUACUGCACUGGACCCUAAAAGUAGAGCUGCUGGUGGGGCUGAGACGCCUUGGUCGCAGACUCCUGUUACUGACCUUACUGCUGUUGGUGAAGGAAGGGGGACUGUGUUGUCUUUGAAAUUGGAUAGGUUAUCGGAUUCGGUUUCUGGGUUGACUGUGGUUGAUCCUAAAGGUUAUUUGACUGAUUUGAAGAGUAUGAAGAUUACUAGUGAUGCUGAGAUUUCAGAUAUUAAGAAGGCAAGGUUGUUGUUGAAGAGUGUUACUCAGACUAAUCCAAAACACCCUCCUGGUUGGAUUGCUGCUGCAAGGUUGGAAGAGGUUGCUGGCAAGAUUCAGGCAGCUAGGCAAUUGAUACAAAGGGGGUGCGAGGAGUGUCCUAAAAAUGAGGAUGUUUGGAUAGAGGCAUGUAGGCUGGCUAGUCCUGAUGAAGCCAAAGCAGUUAUUGCUAAGGGAGUGAAGUGUAUACCAAAUUCUGUUAAGUUGUGGUUACAGGCUGCGAAAUUGGAACAUGAUGAUGUGAAUAAAAGUAGGGUUUUGAGGAAGGGCUUAGAGCAUAUUCCUGAUUCAGUUAGGUUAUGGAAAGCUGUUGUGGAGUUGGCCAACGAGGAGGAUGCUAGAACAUUACUUCAUAGAGCAGUAGAAUGCUGUCCUUUGCAUGUUGAAUUGUGGUUGGCAUUGGCAAGAUUAGAGACAUAUGAUAGUGCAAAGAAGGUGUUGAACAGGGCCAGGGAAAAGUUGCCUAAGGAGCCAGCCAUAUGGAUUACUGCUGCCAAGUUGGAAGAGGCAAAUGGUAACACAUCAACGGUGGGAAAGAUUAUCGAGAGAGGUAUCAGGGCUUUGCAGAGAGAAGGGUUGGUGAUUGAUAGAGAGGCAUGGAUGAAAGAGGCUGAGGCAGCAGAAAGGGCAGGUUCUGUGGUGACUUGUCAAGCAAUUAUUAAGAAUACAAUUGGGAUUGGAGUGGAGGAAGAGGAUAGGAAGAGAACAUGGGUGGCAGAUGCAGAGGAGUGUAAGAAGAGGGGUUCUAUUGAGACUGCUAGAGCUAUUUAUGCUCAUGCUCUGACUGUGUUUUUGACUAAGAAAAGUAUUUGGCUUAAGGCGGCACAGCUUGAGAAGAGUCAUGGGACUAGGGAGUCUCUUGAUGCUUUGCUGCGAAAAGCAGUUACAUACAGGCCCCAAGCUGAGGUUUUAUGGCUUAUGGGUGCUAAAGAGAAGUGGCUUGCAGGUGAUGUGCCUGCUGCAAGGGCUAUUCUUCAAGAAGCCUAUGCUGCUAUACCAAAUUCGGAGGAGAUUUGGCUUGCAGCAUUUAAGCUUGAAUUUGAGAAUCAUGAGCCUGAAAGAGCUAGAAUGCUGCUUGCUAAGGCAAGAGAAAGAGGUGGUACAGAAAGAGUCUGGAUGAAGUCUGCCAUUGUCGAGAGAGAAUUGGGCAAUACAGAGGAGGAGAGGAGGUUGCUGGAUGAAGGACUGAAGCGCUUCCCUUCGUUCUUCAAGUUGUGGUUGAUGCUUGGGCAGCUUGAGGAACGGAUUUUUCACUUGGAUAAAGCUAAGGAAGUUUAUGAGUCAGGUUUGAAGCACUGCCCAAGCUGUAUACCCCUUUGGCUUUCUCUUGCCAAUCUUGAAGAGAAAAUGAAUGGGCUGAGUAAAGCUCGUGCGGUGCUCACCAUGGCAAGGAAGAAGAAUCCUCAAAACCCUGAACUCUGGCUUGCUGCCGUCCGUGCUGAAUCAAGGCAUGGUAAUAAGAAGGAAUCUGAUAUACUGAUGGCAAAGGCCUUGCAGGAGUGUCCGAACAGCGGCAUAUUGUGGGCAGCAUCAAUUGAGAUGGUUCCUCGUCCUCAGCGCAAAACCAAGAGUAUGGAUGCCCUUAAGAAAUGUGAUCAUGAUCCUCAUGUUAUUGCUGCUGUGGCCAAGCUGUUCUGGCAUGACAGGAAGGUUGAUAAAGCUAGAACCUGGCUGAACAGGGCAGUCACUCUUGCUCCAGAUAUUGGAGAUUUCUGGGCGUUGUAUUACAAAUUUGAACUUCAGCAUGGGACUGAGGAAAACCAGAGGGAUGUUUUGAAGAGGUGUAUUGCUGCAGAACCGAAGCAUGGUGAAAAAUGGCAAGCGAUUUCAAAGGCUGUGGAGAAUGCUCACCAGCAAACUGAAGCCAUCCUAAAGAAAGUGGUAAUUGUUCUCGGAAAGGAAGAGAAUGCUGCUGAAAAUAAUAAACACUAGUUACUUGUAAGCUUGUAGUUUAAGGCUUUUUGUCUUUGUUUUCCUGCCUUGUAGAUUAUUAAUGUUUUAGCAUUGGAAAUGCCACUAGAGAUUUUUGUUGGCACAUAUACUUCAUUACGAGCUUUUCUAAAUCGGAUGUAGUAUUGGCUUGAUUGACUAAUUUUAGAGUCGUGGUGAUGAGACUAUUUGGUA